AUGGGUCUCUUUGAUAUGGAAAAGCCGAUCUCGAAGCUGGACCGCCACCGCGUCCUUGCGCCCAAGGCCGGUGUGCGUGUCUCGCCUCUCUGCCUCGGUGCGAUGUCGCUCGGCGACAAGUGGAAGGACACGAUGUCCGGCGGUCUGGACAAGCAGGGCAGCUUCGAGCUGCUCGACGCCUUCUACAAGCUCGGCGGCAACUUCAUCGACACGGCCAAUCUCUACACGGACGGUCAGAGCGAAGAGUUCAUCGGCGAGUGGAUGGAGGCACGAAAGAACCGCGACGAGAUGGUCAUCGCCACCAAGGCCACCUCCCCCUACCGCAACCGCGAGCUCGGCACCCACAUCGGCACCAACUUCGUCGGCAACUCGGCCAAGUCCAUCGCCGUCUCCACCAACGACAGUCUCAAGAAGCUGCGCACCGACUACAUCGACAUCAUGUACAUCCACUGGUGGGACUGGUCCACCAGCAUCGAGGAGAUGAUGCAGGCGCUCAACAAGCUCGUCCAGUCCGGCAAGGUGCUCUACCUCGGCGCCAGCGACAUGCCCGCAUGGGUCGUCGCCGCCGCCAACACGUAUGCGCGCGCACACAACCUCGCCCAAUUCGUCGUCUACCAGGGCCGCUGGAAUGCCGCCGAGCGCGACUUUGAGCGCGAGAUCAUCCCCAUGGCACGCGAGUUUGGCAUGGCCCUCGCUCCAUGGGGCGCGCUCGGCGCAGGUCGAUUCAAGACGCCCGAGCAGGUCGCCGAGCGCGAGAAGACGCAGGGCCCGCUGCGUGGCGGCGGAGGUCAGCUCACCGAGAACGAAAAGAAGAUCUCGGCGGCGCUCCAUCAGAUUGGCCAGGAGCUUGGCGGCAUCAGCAUCACUGGCGUCGCUCUCGCCUACGUCUGCUCCAAGUACCCCUACGUCUUCCCCAUCGUCGGCGGCACCAAGGUUUCGCACCUCGAGGACAACGUCAAGGCCAUCGGCAUCGUUCUCACCGAUGAGCAGAUCAAGAAGAUCGAAGACACUAUCCCCUUCAACCACGGCUUCCCCCUCUCCAUGAUCCAGGAGGACCCGCACCUCACGGGCGAGACCAAGUUUGGUCUUCUCGGCCACGGCGGCCAUCUCGACUGGGUCAAGCACCCCAAGGCGCCCGCCUUCUAG